AUGAAUGGCCUUGAAGAUACAUCCGAGGUGAAGACCUCCUGGAUCAGUGGCAGCAAUGGUAGCUUCUUCCUGUCCUGGCCUGAUAGUCCUAACGCCAGCUGUGGCUACAUAGUGGACUGGUGUCCAGUCUUCGGUAAUUGCACCUUCGAGUGGAUGAAAGUGCCUCCCAACAGAACUCAUACCACAGUUUUUUCAAAGAACUUUGAAGAUGGUCGGAGAUACCUGCUGUCCAUAUACGCCUGCACUGAGGGAGCUGCGGUGCUACUACAGAGAAGAAAGGGCUACAUCAGAGAGACCAAAAUAGGAGUCGAGCUGUUUAAACUCAAAUACAAACAGGAAGACUCGGCUGUUGAGGUAUCCUGGGAGCCCAUACCUCUGGAAAAGCAGACUGCUUCCAUCCAUGGAUAUAUUCUCUACUACCAGGACAAGAGCGGGAACGUUUUUAACGUGAGCACAGAUGAUCCUGAAGCCACCAGCCUCACUGCAAAGAACCUGAACAUCAGUAUGUACACCUUCACGGUGACAGCAUCAACAGCAUUUGGACUUUGUGGUAAUUCAUCCAUCAAUGUCACCUUGAAUGCCCCGGCUGAUCAACUGAUAAUGCUGAUCUUGAUAUCCCUGGGAGCAGUUUUUCUUAUUCUGUCUGUCAGCACAAUUAUCUGCUACAGACAAUGGGCAUGCAUCAAACACAAAGUCUAUCCUCCAAUCCCAAAACCAGUGCUGACCGACCAGUGGCUGACUUUACCAGAUGAACAUACGAGUCAUCAUCUUCAUUUUGAUCAGAGUUACUACAGAGAGGUCUUGGAUAUUCCUAAGCUACAUGAUCAAUUCAGACCACCACAGCCUGAUGUUGACCAGGACUACAAGCCUUUUACCUUCUCUCAGACUCCCAAAGGUUACUACAAUAAGCCUCUGAAGAAAUCCCAGCCAUGUCUCACUUUACCCACUACAGGCCUCACAUCUCAGCCAGGCUUGCCAUCUUCUCCAAUCAAUGGCGUAUUUCCUAAUCUGUCGUACAACCCAUCGUACAACCUGGUAUUGCAAAGUGUGGACCAUGAAGUCAAAUCAGGGCCCGAGGUCCAUGAGGGAAUACCUUUCAUCAGAAGCUUUAGUGGAUACCAGCCUCAGAGUCCUGAUGACACCUUUACCACAACUGAGUUAGAGGAGUACCCAAACAGUCCCAUAUCCUGUGUGUCCACAUACAUUUUGCUACCACAGAAGACAUCCAGCUGCAUAUGUGAACACAUUUAAGCCUAAUUCAGGCACUUUAUGCAUCGUUAACUACUGCAUAGUUGGUUAGCUUCAUCCACCAGGUCAUCAGCAACUCAGCUAAAGUUAGGUGUGAGUUUAGUUUCAUUCACACAAACAGGACAUUUUCAGAAAAUAGAAGAUGUUUCCUUUCAAAUGAGAUCCUAGGAGUACAUUUUGGCAUUAAAGCUUUUCUGUUUAGAUGCUCACACACUCACACCUGAAUUAUAAUCCUAGUUGUUUGUUGUUAGCCAAUUAUGUUAGUAGACCAGAGCAUUAGUGGUUUUCAAAGAUUUUGUGCCCUGCAAAUUUAUUUUGUUUGUCACCACAUCAGUGACACAUACAGUAUGAAUGGCGGGUUUGAAAAACACUGCUCUAAGAUGCUGCUGUUGAACCUUUGGGGUCUGUUCGUUUCGGACACUACUGUACAGUCAUUCCUGUGGCUGGCUCACAUCAAGGUCUCUUUAAGACAUGAAAAGGACAGGUUUCUCUUGUUGGUGUCUAAGUGGCACCAAAUGGGCAUUAUUUGAAUUUACUCUGGAAACACUGCUCUCAUGACGGGACAUUGUAUCCCUCAAGGUACUUAAUUUUUAAGGGCUCUGUCCCACAAUACUAGGGACACAUCAGAGAGUACAACCACUGGUCGCUGUGGAAAAAUGUGUGCUCCCUGACUGUCAGUUGACAAGAAAUUGGUCACAAACGGGUAUACAGUGCUGCACUGAUAACUGCUUUGGUUACUAGCAGGUUGCCAGAAGUUUGAACUUGUCUAGAAAUAACUUGUUAACGGCUCUCUGAACUGUAAUGAAACUGUGAAAAAAGUGUGCCACAAACUGGAAAUGGAGAUUCUUCACCUUCUAAGUAAAGGCUUUGUCUUACUAAUGUUAUCAUCACAUUUAACGUUUUACUUUAUAAGGGAACAUUUUCUGUUUCUGUUGCACUUACUCAGAGAGUAAAUGGUGAGUGUUUGCAGCCAGCUCAGCAUCUUCCAUGCAAAUUAUGAGAGACUGCAAAAACCUCAGUGACCUUUGUCAGUGAAUACAUAGUUUAUCCUAGAUGUUCCUAGGGCAUUGCUAACCGAUCUCUAAGAAAUUCUAAAAGUUUCUUUAGAUGUAUCUAGACGUUCCACUGAGUCAAACAUUUGAGAGAAGCCCCUCUAAAGCUUGAAUUAUUUUUCUGUGUUGAAUCUCUGCAAACCUGACUGCAAAGUCUGUACAAGUUACAGCUGUUUGCAUUUUUACUUUAAUGACGUGUCUGAAUCUCUGUGCCAUCACCACAGAAACUCAACUCAUCAUAUUGAAGCAAAUAAAUAAUGAACAAUGAAGAGAGGACUUCAGUACUGACCGAUUGAUUAUGUGUGUCCUACCUUAUUAAAAAAUGUGAAUAUUUCAUGUAGCUGCUGAGAGGUCUUUGCUGUUGAUCUCUGUCUGUAAGAACCAAGAAAUCACCUUUGAAUCAAUGCUGUAAACCAAUAAAACAAGAAGCUUCAAACAA